AUGCCAGUAGACGAUAGCGAAAGCCAGACCUCCUUAUCCUCCUCCUCCUCCUCAUCCCCGGAAGAGGAACAAAAACCGGCUGAGGAGACGACGACACUAAAACAAUACCUCCUAACAGCCUACCUCUUCAUCACCACCCUAGCCUGGAUCAGCCUAGUAAUCCGGUUCAUUCUUUUGCCCUUCUUUAUCCCUGAUCCCCUAUCACCGCCACCAUUUGCCAGUUUCUGGCAAGGCAGCAACACGAACAAAAAACUAGGGACUUGCAAAAACAUUGCCACCCGACGCGAAUGGCGCUCGCUUACGGAAACGGAAAGAAACGAGUUCGUGGACGCCAUCCAUUGUCUGGCGAGAACGCCGUCGGAGUGGGGAGAGAAUAACAGGACUGUUUAUGAUGACUUUGCGAUUUUGCAUGGGGGAGUUGGGAGUUGGUGCCACCGCUCGGCGUCCUUCCUACCAUGGCAUCGAUGGACUUUACACAUUUUCGAAAACAUCCUCAAGGAUAAAUGUGGGUUUCCUAGGGGUGGUACCAUUCCCUACUGGGACUGGUCCCUAGACCACCUCUCCCUGUCCUCUUCCUCCAUCUUUUCUCCCACCACCGGCUUCGGAUCCGACGGUUCGCCUUCUGCUCCCCCUAGCGUUGGGCAAGGUCGUUGCGUGCUAGACGGGCCCUUUGCCGAUUUAAGGCCUAUCAUCUACAACCACACCUACGUCACGCACUGUCUGUCGCGGGGGUUCAACGACCCUAAGCGGAACGUUACCACGGGCGAGAUACCGGGCGACCAUUAUAAGCCCGAAGCAAUCGGGGAGAUCUUGAGAGUCAAGGGGUACGAGGAGUUUGGGAAGCAGGUGGAGGAAAAGUUGCAUAAUGGGUUGCAUCAGAGUGUGGGAGGAGAUUUCAGGGCCAUGACUGCUGCUAAUGACCCCCUAUUCUACGUCCACCACGCCUCCCUCGACAGAAUGUGGUGGCGCUGGCAAUGGGAAAACCCCGAGGUCAGACUGCGAGAAUACAGCGGCAAACACAUGUUUAACUCGACGCCGGGAGAGGCGAGUGUCAGGGAUGUGUUACUGUAUGGAGGGUUUACCGAGGACGUAUUGGUGGAGAGGGCGAUGAGUACGGAGAGUGGGGAGUUGUGUUAUCGGUAUCAGUAG